AUGGCCGACGGUGCUCCGACUUCACUCGACGAGCCGCUCAUCCGCCUCGGCAGGCGUCGCCUUCAGCCCACCGAAACGGUGGCAAGAACGGAGGCCACGCAGCAGCGAGACGCGCUCCUCCCAUUCGUGGUCAUCUCGUCCACCUAUCUCCUCUUCACCAUCACCGACGGCGCGCUGCGCAUGAUCGUCCUCCUGCACGCCUACCGCAAGUCCUUCACGGCGAUGGAGGUCACCUUAAUGUUUGUGCUCUAUGAGCUUGCAGGCGUCGGAACCAACCUCGCCGCUGGAAUCGCCGGCGCUCGAUGGGGCAUCCGCGCCACGCUGGUCACCGGGCUCCUGCUCCAGAUCGUGACCUUCGGCCUCCUCUUUGGUUGGGAGGACGGGUGGAGCAAGAGCCAGGCCAUCCUCUAU